AUGGAAGGUUUAAAGAAAACGCGAAAAUCACUUAAAUCCUCAAUUACACGUAUCUCAAAAUGGCUUACAGCCAAAAAAGACACAGAAAACGACAUACUGGAUUUCGAAAAUAGGAAAGAAAAACUUUGCAAUCUUUUCACACAAUAUGAAGAGAUUCAAUUACAAAUUGAACAGAUUGAUGACAGCGAACAGCAAGCAACUGAUCGAGCAAAUGUGGAAGAAAAAUACUUUAACGCACUCAAAGGUUUACAAAGAAAAAUAAUAGAAUUAAACUCAACAGAAAAUGAAGCACGUAGUUCAAACAAUAAUGCUGUUUCCAGUGCUAAGCUGCCUGAAAUAAGCAUAAAAAAUUUUACCGGCAAUUUUUCUCAAUUUAAUGAAUUUUUUCAACUAUUCGAAACUCUAAUUUUAAAUAACUCAAGUUUAAAUAAUAUACAAAGAUUUAUAUACUUAAAAUCAUUUCUCAAAGGAGAACCUUUAAACUUAAUUAGCAGUUUAGAGGUAAUAGACGCUAAUCUUGCUAUCGCUAUAAAAACUCUAAAAGAGAGAUAUGAUGACAAAUCACGAGUCAUUAGUACUCUUAUAAAAAAGUUGCUAAAGUCUCCAUCUCUAGUCAAAUGCACUCCACAAGUACUAAGAGAUUUUCUUGUACAAACGAAGCAAACGCUUCAAGCUCUUGGUAACCUCGAAGUUCCAAUUGAACAUUGGGACUCGCUCUUAAUAGAAAUAUUUUUAGAAAAAAUAGAUUUUGCUUCUCACAAGGCUUUCGAAUAUGAAGUAGGUUCUAGGAAUGUUCCAACACUUAAACAAUUCUUUGACUUUUUAGAAAAAAGAUGCGAUGUUUUAGAAAAACUUAAUUACUCUGACACUCAGUCAAAGUCCAAUAAUAAAACCACUCAAAAAACUGCUCAUAUAUCCACUAUAAAUGAUAAUAAAUCUAGAUAUGAAAAUUGCAUAUUUUGUAAACAAACUGGUCAUAAAAUAUAUCAGUGUAACUUAUUUAAAGACUGA